GGUCAUGGAUGUGUCUCAAGCUAAAGAUGGCGGCUUCGGCAGUUAGGACCGUUACGGCUCUGCGGACGAGCGUUAGCCGGCCCAUUGCUUUUGUCAGAAAAAUUCCUUGGACCGCCGCCUCAAGUGAGCUGAGAGAACACUUUGCACAGUUUGGCCAUAUACGAAAGUGCACUGUACCUUUUGACAAAGAGACUGGCUUUCACAGAGGUAUGGGUUGGAUUCAGUUUUCUUCAGAAGAAGAACUUCAGAAUGCACUACAGCAGGACAAUCAUGUUAUUGAUGGAGUAAAGCUCCAUGUUCAAGCUCAGAGACCAAAAGUUUUGCAGGGGGAUCAAACAUCUGAUGAAGAUUUUUGAGACUAUUAGUGUGUAUUAAAUAAAGUAACAAAACUGAAAA